CAUUAGGGUACCCGGGCACUGCCCGAGGGCCCGGGAUCAGUAGGGGGCCCCAUGAGAUGUCCCUGGUACCUUUCAUAGGCUUUUUUGGGUGUAGUUUGAGUGUGGGCGAGGACACAGGGGCCCCUUGAUCCUCUAUUGCCCGGGGGCCCCAUGAGUUGUCAGUCCACCCCUGGGCUGGAGUACCACACAAAGCACAAAAGGGUCAGACAAAUUUCCUCAUCCUUCCAGUACAAUCUCUCCUAUACAAAUUUCCCCCAAGAUACAUUCCCCCCCCAAUACAAAUUC